AGUCGGAGCGCGCGGCUGCAGCGGCGGAGCCGGAGCCCGAGCCGGAGCCGCAGCCGGAGCGGGAGCGGCGGCCGGAUCGCAGCCCGCGGGGCCCGCCGCAGCCAUGGGCAACCGCGGCAUGGAGGACCUCAUCCCGCUGGUCAACCGGCUGCAGGACGCCUUCUCUGCCAUCGGCCAGAACGCGGACCUCGACCUGCCGCAGAUCGCCGUGGUGGGCGGCCAGAGCGCGGGCAAGAGCUCGGUGCUCGAGAAUUUCGUGGGCAGGGACUUCCUGCCCCGAGGAUCUGGCAUUGUCACCCGAAGGCCCCUGGUCCUGCAGCUGGUCAAUGCCACCACAGAGUAUGCCGAGUUCCUGCACUGCAAGGGGAAGAAAUUCACCGACUUUGAGGAGGUGCGUCUGGAGAUCGAGGCUGAAACCGACCGGGUCACUGGCACCAACAAGGGCAUCUCGCCGGUGCCCAUCAACCUCCGCGUCUACUCGCCCCACGUGCUGAACCUGACCCUCGUGGACCUUCCCGGAAUGACCAAGGUCCCGGUGGGGGACCAACCUGCUGAUAUCGAGUUCCAGAUACGGGACAUGCUGAUGCAGUUCGUCACCAAGGAGAACUGUCUCAUCCUGGCUGUGUCCCCGGCCAACUCCGACCUGGCCAACUCCGAUGCCCUCAAGAUCGCCAAGGAGGUGGACCCUCAGGGUCAGCGCACCAUUGGGGUCAUCACCAAGCUGGACCUGAUGGACGAGGGCACUGAUGCCCGAGAUGUGCUGGAGAACAAGCUGCUCCCCUUGCGCAGAGGCUACAUAGGGGUGGUGAACCGGAGCCAGAAGGACAUCGACGGCAAAAAGGACAUUACAGCUGCCUUGGCUGCUGAACGCAAGUUCUUCCUCUCCCACCCCUCCUACCGCCACUUGGCGGACCGCAUGGGCACACCCUACCUGCAGAAAGUCCUCAACCAGCAACUGACCAACCACAUCCGGGACACACUGCCGGGGCUGCGAAAUAAGCUACAGAGCCAGCUGCUGUCCAUUGAGAAGGAGGUGGACGAGUACAAGAACUUCCGUCCUGAUGACCCAUCGCGCAAGACCAAGGCCCUGCUGCAGAUGGUCCAGCAGUUCGCUGUGGACUUUGAGAAGCGCAUCGAGGGCUCAGGGGACCAGAUCGACACUUACGAACUGUCCGGGGGAGCCCGCAUCAACCGCAUCUUCCACGAGCGCUUCCCCUUCGAGCUGGUGAAGAUGGAGUUUGAUGAGAAGGAGCUCCGAAAAGAGAUCAGCUACGCCAUCAAGAAUAUCCAUGGCAUUAGAACGGGGCUCUUUACCCCAGACAUGGCCUUUGAGACCAUUGUGAAAAAGCAGGUGAAGAAGAUCCGAGAACCGUGUCUCAAGUGUGUGGACAUGGUUAUCUCGGAGCUAAUCAGCACCGUUAGACAGUGCACCAAGAAGCUCCAGCAGUACCCGCGGCUGCGAGAAGAGAUGGAGCGCAUCGUGACCACCCACAUCCGGGAGCGCGAGGGGCGCACCAAGGAACAGGUCAUGCUCCUCAUCGACAUCGAGCUGGCUUACAUGAACACCAACCACGAGGACUUCAUAGGCUUUGCCAAUGCUCAGCAGAGAAGCAACCAGAUGAGCAAGAAGAAGGCUUCAGGGAACCAGGAUGAGAUUCUGGUCAUCCGCAAAGGCUGGCUGACCAUCAACAACAUUGGCAUCAUGAAGGGGGGCUCCAAGGAGUACUGGUUUGUGCUGACUGCUGAGAAUCUGUCCUGGUACAAGGAUGACGAGGAGAAGGAGAAGAAGUACAUGCUGUCGGUGGACAACCUGAAGCUGAGGGACGUGGAGAAGGGCUUCAUGUCCAGCAAGCACAUCUUCGCCCUCUUUAACACGGAGCAGAGGAACGUCUACAAGGAUUAUCGGCAGCUGGAGCUGGCCUGUGAGACCCAGGAGGAGGUGGACAGCUGGAAGGCCUCCUUUCUGAGGGCCGGAGUGUACCCUGAGCGUGUUGGGGACAAGGAGAAAGCCAGCGAGACCGAGGAGAAUGGCUCCGACAGCUUCAUGCACUCCAUGGACCCACAGCUGGAGCGGCAGGUGGAGACCAUCCGGAACCUGGUGGACUCGUACAUGGCCAUUGUCAACAAGACCGUGCGGGACCUCAUGCCUAAGACCAUCAUGCACCUCAUGAUCAACAAUACGAAGGAGUUCAUCUUCUCGGAGCUGCUGGCCAACCUCUACUCGUGCGGGGACCAGAACACGCUGAUGGAGGAGUCGGCCGAGCAGGCGCAGCGGCGCGACGAGAUGCUGCGCAUGUACCACGCCCUGAAGGAGGCGCUCAGCAUCAUCGGGGACAUCAACACGACCACCGUCAGCACGCCCAUGCCCCCGCCCGUGGACGACUCCUGGCUGCAGGUGCAGAGCGUACCGGCCGGACGCAGGUCGCCCACGUCCAGCCCCACGCCGCAGCGCCGAGCCCCCGCCGUGCCCCCAGCCCGGCCCGGCUCGCGGGGCCCUGCUCCUGGGCCUCCGCCUGCUGGGUCCGCCCUGGGGGGGGCGCCCCCCGUGCCCUCCAGGCCGGGGGCUUCCCCUGACCCCUUCGGCCCUCCCCCCCAGGUGCCCUCGCGCCCCAACCGCGCCCCGCCCGGGGUCCCCAGGAAGGGCCCAGCCUCACCUACACGACCUGCGGUCCCCCGGCCAGCCGAGGCUCCCCUCUUAGACUUAUAAGCCUGUGGCCACUGGCAUCUGGCUUCCUGCCCUCCCUGCCUCCCCAGGGUCCGUACAGAGGACUCCCGGGCUUUCUGCCCACCCCAGGGGGCCCCCAGUGCUCCCUCCAGCCAUCCUCUCAGCUCUGCCCUCCCGGUGCAAACAGUGUUCUUCCGCCUGUCAUUCGCCAUCAGAAAUGGUGGUGUCGCGUGGGGCCCACAGCCCUCUACCCCCGAGGCUAAGGGUGGCCCUGGGCCAGCGGGUUGAAAGACAGGAGACCAGAGGAGGGAAGCCGGAGGGGGCCGAUCACAUGUCUGGAGCGCGGGUGCACUGUCUGGUGUGUGUGAGAGGCCAGCGAGCGUGCAGGGAGAGGGCUCCAGCUCCUGCUCCUCCAUCCCCCCUCCCUUUCCCCCCUCUCCUCUCAUCCAGAACCCCUGCCCACACCCUCCCCUGCGUCGUCUCCCCUCCCCACCUCCAGGCUGCAGCCCAGGCUGCACUUGCCUUACCAGCUCUCCCCCCUUAUCUCUCCCGUUUUCUCUCUGCUUUGUCUCCAACUGCCAGCCGAUCGGGUCAGGCAAGUCCAUCCCGUCCUGAGAGCCCCAGGCCCCCCUUCGACCUCUAACCAGACCCCUCCUCUUCCUCGGACAUCUCUCUUCCCAAGCCUGCCUGGAUGGCUGUUCUGUGACAGUGGCUCCCCAGCCCCCGAGCCUCCCCCUUCAUCUGUGACUUUAGUCUGUUGUAGUGGUGAGCUGACACAUCCAGGCGUGACCUCGGUGACACUUGUGCCCCCUCUGUGGUAUUGCUCCUGCCCUGUUCUAUAAAUAUCUAUAAAUAUGCGCGUGCACACACACGCGCGCGCGCGCUCGGGGCGCAUCUCUGGUGUUGGGAACCGCCGUGCUGUCCCUCAGGAGUCUUGUGGCCCAACUACAAGCAAAUGCUGUCACCCCCGCCGACACGUGCCACCUCCAACGAGCCUCCCUGCCAUUCCCGGCCUGUGGACAGUCAGCCCCCUCUGCCACCUUCCUGCCCCUUCCCCCGAGCAUGGGGGUGCUGUACCGGCAGCUGUGUGGUUCUGGCCGCUACCAGUCUUGCUGUCUCUUGGCUGAGAAUAAAACCCAUUUCUGAACAAUGGGGAACAACGAGGUGUGUGCUGGCUGUGUUCCGUGGAGUUCAGGGGGAAGGGAAGGUUUAAGCACGGGGUGGGGUGCAGAUUUGCCUGGGAGGCCCCAGUCUUUCCCAGGCUGCCCUGGAAAGCACCUGGACAUUAGCUGGUCUUCAUCUGAACCCUGCUGUGGCCACCAGGGGGUGGCG